AAUUUGAUCAAUUUUUCUUUCUUUUUUUUAUCCCUUUGUUAUUUGAUUAUCGUAAUUCAAUUAGUGUCUUCAAAUGAUUUUCUAAUUGUAUAGAUCAUCUAAUUAACAUCGUAUUGUUAAUAAUCUCUAGUAUGGAUUCUGCUGGAUAAAUGGCCUGAACUUGUCUUGUGUUCUUUGAGCGAACAUCAAAGAAAGAAACCAUUUUCUUGUUUUUCUCUAAAACAAGAUCAUCUUUUCUUCUGAAAAUCAACUUUUCAAGUGUUCUUUUUAACUAUGGACGAAGAAGGUUCCCCAGAUCCAAAGAAUGUGCAAUCUUUACUCGAAUCCUCACCAUCAUCUUCAACCUCAUCCACAUCAUCAACAUCAUCUUCAUCUUCAUUAUCACCUUUAAGUGAUGGAAAUAAUUUAUCAUCAAAAAGUAAUAAUAGUAGUCGUGGUAUUGGUAACAUUAUGAACAAUACUUCCAAAGGAAGAACCAGUGGUAUGAUAACCACCAUGACCACAUCUUCUACUAUUAAUACUUGUACAACUUCAAGUUCUUCUGGUUCUAUAAUUUCUGGAGAAUUUACAAACAACAACAACAAUAAUAAUAAUAAUAAUGGAAAUAGUAACAUUUGUGGUGGAGCCCGAAGUUGUUUACCAUUGUCACAAUUAUCGUCGUCAUUAUCUUCAGGGGUAGGAGGAGGAGGAGCAUCAGCAUCUUUAUCUGUCGCAGCAGCAGCAGCCGCUGCAGCCGCUGCGGCCUGCGUUGGAGGAGGUACAACACAAUCUUCAUCAUCAUUAUCAUCAAAUUCUGGUGGAAUUGGAUCAAGUAGUAGCAGUUCUAGUAGUGCAAGUGGAAGUGGCAGUAGUAGUAGUGUAGGUGCUAUUGGUGGUAGUGUUGGUGGUGGAAGUGGAAGUGGUAAUGGAAGUGGGAGUUUGAUAGGAGAUAAUGAACCAGAUGAUAAUGAGAUGGGAAGAUUACAAGCACUUCUUGAAGCACGAGGUUUACCACCUCAUUUGUUUAGUGCUCUUGGUCCUCGAGUUCAUCAUCUUCUUCAUCGAUCUAUGGGUAACAAGACAAGUAGUCGAGCUCAUCAAUUGAUCCAAGGAUUACAAGCGACAGGAGAUGAAGGACAACAGUUACAGGCUGUGAUGGAAAUGUGCCAAUUACUUGUGAUGGGAAACGAAGAUACUUUAGCAGGUUUCCCUGCGAAACAAGCGGUACCUGCACUGAUUGGGUUACUACGAAUGGAACAAAAUUUUGAUAUAAUGAAUCAUUCCUGUCGAGCAUUAACCUACAUGAUGGAAUCGUUACCUCGAUCAUCGGCCAUUGUCGUGGAUGCGAUACCAGCGUUUCUUGAGAAGUUACAAUUUAUCCAAUGUAUGGAUGUUGCCGAGCAAUCAUUAACAGCCUUAGAGAUGCUUUCUCGACGUCACAGUAAAUCGAUACUUCAUGCUGGCGGUGUACCAGCGUGUUUAUCGUAUUUAGAUUUUUUCACAAUUAACGCUCAAAGAGCAGCACUUUCAAUAACUGCCAAUUGUUGUCAAAAUUUAAGCAAAGAUGAGUUUUCAUUUGUAAAGGAAUCAUUAACUACCUUGGGAUCGCAUUUGGUAAAAUAUCAAGACAAGAAGUGUCUUGAAAGCCUUUGUCUUGCUUUUUCUCGUUUAAUUGAAAGUUUCCAACAUCAUCCGGAGAUAUUGAUACAAAUCACUGAGAACAAUUUAUUGUCCAAUAUUCAGCAAUUACUUUUGGUCUCUCCUUCGAUAAUCAGUACAGGAACAUUCGUAAUGGUCAUCAGAAUGUUGGCCACAAUGUGUGCCUCAUGUCCACAACUCGCAGUACAAUUAAUGAAAUUAAACAUAUCGGACACUAUUCGUUAUUUACUUCUUGGUUCAAGUGCAACAAGUGAGUUUAUCGAAUUGACCACUCGAAGUCCUCAAGAAUUAUAUGAGAUAACAUCACUUAUCGGUGAAUUGAUGCCAAAGUUACCCACUGAUGGGAUAUUCAGUGUUGAUGGUUACUGGAUGAGACAAUUAAAUGUAACACCAAGUGGAGUUACUUGGCAAUGGAAAGAUGAUCGAGGAAUGUGGCACAAUUAUAGUUGCAUUGAUAGUAAAAUGAUGGAAUCUGCUCAUUUGGCAAGUGAAGAUGAGAUCAGUUUGACUACAAUGGGACGAACUUAUGUGAUAGAUUUUAAUUCGAUGCAACAAAUAAACGAAGAUACAGGAACUUCACGUUUAAUUCAACGUCUAGUCAAUAAUUCCGAUGGAUCAUCAACAUCGACCGGAGUAGUUGGAGGAGGAGGAGGAGGAACAACCUCAUCAGGAACAGGAGCAGGAAUGAUGAUGAUGUCGUUAUCAUCAUCAACAACAUCAACAACAUCAGCAUCACCAGGAUCACUUGGAUCAUUAUCAUCAUCGGGAGAUAAUCAUCACCAUCAUCAUCAUACAAAGAUCGCAAUGAUGAAUAGUAGUAGUUUGAAUGAAAACGAUGCUCGAAUCAAAUGUUUAAAAGAAGAGCCUGAAUUAGCCGAGGCUUUUAUCAAAAGUCUUUUUGGUGUUUUAUAUGAAGUUUAUAGUAGUUCGGCUGGACCAUCAGUUCGACAUAAAUGUAUUGGGGCACUUUUACGAAUAAUUUAUUAUUCAUCUUCUGAUUUGUUGAGAGUUGUAUUGAAAAAUCAUGCGGUCUCAAGUCACAUCGCUGCAAUGUUACCAUCAAGUGAUUUGAGAGUAGUUGUUGGAGCUAUUCAAAUGGUUUACAUUUUAAUGGACAAAUUACCAGAUAUUUUUUCAAUUUAUUUCCGUCGAGAAGGAGUAAUUCAUCAAUUGAAGAAAUUGAUUUCUUGUGAUGGUUUAAUUAGUGAUGGAUCAAGUCCAAUCAAUACUCUUAUUGGUGGAUGUUCAUCAACUCCAUUAGCAAAUUCAACAGCAACAACUUUACCAAAUAAAUCAAGUACAAAUUUAAAAUCUGAAUCUAUUGCACAAAAACAACAAAAGCACCAAAAGCAACAACAACAACAACAACAAUGUGUUGAUCCAAAUACUUCAUCAUCAUCUUUACCUUCAUUAUCUGGAACUUUGAUUGGUCAAAAUUAUGUAUCAACAUGUUACCUUGAAUCUGGAAGUCCAAUGCAAAGUUAUUCAUCUUCAUCAAUGUCAUGUCUUGGUGAUGGAAACAGUGAUGGAGUUGAUGGUGGUGGCGAUUCAGCAACAACAACAACAACCACGACCACAUCAACAUCAAAUAUAAAUGAUGAAACAAUGACUACUUAUAUUAAUCCAGAAAGUACAAUGACUAAUUCUGAUCCGAUUGAAAUAACUACAACUUCCAAAACUAAGUCGUCUUCAACUCUUUCUAACAAUUGCUCACCUUCAUCAUCUCCCCAAUCAUGUUCAUCAUCUUCAGUAAUUGGAUCAAUUACAGGAACAAACAUCUCUCCAACUUGUAAAACUGGUGAUAAUACUGUUGAUUCUCGUUCAUCUCAACUACGAUUAAGUGAUGUUCUUAAACGAAAACGUAGUUCCAAGAAAGGGUCAACAAGUGGAUCUCCACCAGCCUCAUGUUCAUCGAGCUCCUCAUCAUCAUUGAGUAGCAACAGCAACAGUAAUAGCAGCAAUAGCAAUAGUAACAGUAGCAUUUGUGGUGUUGCUGGAAGUAUCGGAGGUACAAGUACGACAAGUAACACAAGUAGUAAUACAAGUCGAAGUAAGAAUCGAAGUGGAAUUGAUUCAUUGUCUAUGCAUUUUAACAAUUGCAUUAAUUCACCAGCAUCGGGAACAAGUUCAAGUCCUUUGGGUGUUAAUAGUCGGGGUGGUGAUUAUGAUUCGAUGACAGCUCAAUUGAAUACACUUUUCUCGACUCCAUAUUUAUCGAUGCCGUUCUUCCCAUAUUCAGGAGCGACUAGUGGAUCACCUUCAUCUGGUAAUCCAAAUGCAGCUUUAGCUUCAUCAUCAUCGUCAUCAUCAUCACCAUCACCAUUGACCCCAAACACUAACACCAAUUGUUUAACUACUGCUAAUGAUGCUCAACAAAAUUUCAAUUCUAAUAAUAGUAAUAAUAGUAUUACAAGUUUUAUGAAUAGCAACAGUAACAGUAAUAAUGUUGGUGUUGGUGCCAGUAAAACAAACACCAAUGCAAACACUAGUACCAGUACCAGUACCAGUACCAAUAUAAAUAUGAAUAUGAAUAUGAAUAUGAAUACUAAUGCUAAUACUAAUGCUAAUGCUAAUUCAGGAUUAAAUUCACUUGUUGGAUCGUCGUCUUCAUUGAUAUCGACUGGCCAACUGUCUGUCUCACCUCCAUCAGCUUCAACUACCUUAGGGUUUGGUUCAGCCGCAGCGGCAGGAGCUUCGUCUCUUGGUAAUUCGGCACUUGGACAUCAUGGUCUUCAUGGUCACUCCAGUCAUCAUCAUACUCAUUCUCGUGGUCACCACAGUCAUAGUCACGGUCAUGGUCACGGUCACGGUCAUGGUCAUGGUCAUGGUCCAACAGCUUCGACCUCAUCCACAGCAACUUCGUCAUCAACAACAAGAGGUAGCAGUCGAUCAUCGUCUAAAUUAAGUUCUGCCGCAGCCAAGACUUCGUCUUUCUUUGCCAAUCUUUAUCCUGCACGAUGGCGACGUUGGAACAGCGCCUCAGGUUCAAAUAUAAUUGGAUCUGGUGGCAGUGGUUCCAAUUUGAGUAAUCGUAAAUCGAUGUUGAUCUCCCAAUCGCAAGAACAAUUGGGCGGUCAUCAUCAUUCUGCUCACCAUUUACACCAUGGACAUGGUGCUCAUGGACAUCAUGCUCAUGGUCACCAUGGUCAUCAUUCGUCUUCUUCCUCUUCCUCGCCUUCAUCUUCUCAUCAUCAUGCUCAUCAUCAUUACACCAACCAUCACUCACAUCAUUCUCACCAUCAUCUUUCAGGUUCUCCUCGAUCUCCUCAUUCACUCACCUCUUGCUCACCAGCCUCAACAUCGGCCUCAUCGCCAAUGUCUCAUGCCAACGGGAACAAGGAAAAGAUUCGUAUUUGGAUUCGAGAUCAGGCCAAAAUUUUUGUGGAAAAGUAUUUCGACAACGAGAACGAAAUGAACGAAGCCAUGAGCACAUUGAAUCGUAUCAAUGAAGCAAUGGAAACUUUUGACAAUGGAAAUGAUCUGGAUGGAUUGAAAGAGUUUAGAAAUGUUCUCUUGGAUGGAGACAUUUCACCAUUCGAACUGAUUCAUUGUGGGAUAAUCAGUAAAUUGAUCGGAUACUUAUCAGAAGAAAUGGAAGAAAUAGAAGAGAGAAAUGUCCGAAUCCGACGUUUUCUUCAUGUUUUCCUUGGAUCUCCAGUGGAUGAUCACAGUGUGAUAAUGGACGAGAAUGAAUUGAAAUUGGAUGUUCGACCAAUGUCCACUCUUGUUUGUAAGUUGAAUGCUUGUAUCUCCCAAUUGGAACAAUUUCCUGUUCGAGUACAUGAUGUACUUGGAACCGGAACAGGCAAUAUAAGAGGGACAAGUGCAUUGAAGUUUUUCAAUACCCACCAACUAAAGUGUAAUUUACAAAGACACCGAGACUGUACAAAUUUGAAACAAUGGCGAGGGGGAACAGUUAAAAUUGAUCCGUUGGCCUUAGUACAAGCGAUUGAAAGAUAUUUGUUAUUACGAGGAUAUGGACGAGUUAAAGAGGAAGAAGAUGACAAUAGUGAUGAUGAUAAUUCAGAUGAUGAUUUCGAUGAUAACAUGGCCUCAGUUGUUAUGAAUCAAGGUCAAGGUCGCCAUAAGAUUCAAUUUUUAAUCGAUGAUAAUGUUCUUCCUUAUAACAUGACAGUUUAUCAAGCGAUAAGACAAUUCAGUUCAUCAGACGGAAGUUUCUAUACAUUUGAUGGUAAUGAAAUCGAUAACGAUUUUGACUCACCGAUGAGCAAUUCCAAUAUGUGGAUAUCUACUCACACAAUUUACUAUCGCACUUACAACGAAAGACUUUCAUCUUCACCCUCCUCUCCGUUUUCAUCUUCAACUGAAGGACGUAGUGGUCGAGGCUUAACGCGAGCGGGUUCUCUUGCAGCGGCCGCACUUUUAUCAGAUUUGGUGCCUAAUACAACAAAUUCAUCUCCUGGAUCAGCCACAAAUUUAAUCACUCAAUAUAUGAAUUGCUCAAGAAAUUGUUCAACUCCAACGACUACUGGACAAUCGGGAAGUGGCAGCUCUUCAAGUCGUCGAUCAUCAUCUAAAUCAAAUAAAGCACCAGUAGGAUUUUUCCCUGUUUCAUCUUCAUCAACUUCCUCAUCAUCAUCUUCUUCAUAUCGUAAGAAAGAUGAACUUUGGAUUGAAGGUAAAACUCCUCGGAUCUCAUCAACAGUUUACAAUUAUCUGAUUCCUUCAUUGCCAAAAUGUGUCAACAUUGAAGAUUGUUCAUUGGAAGUGAUGAACUUAAUGAGAAUCUUGAAUGCACUUAAUAGGUGUUGGAGUUGGUUCUACAAUCUACCAAUUAGUUCAAAUCCUGCCAUAUUGCAAAGUGAAUUUGUAAAUAGUAAACUAACAGCCAAAGCUAAUCGUCAACUGCAAGAUCCACUUGUAAUAAUGACCGGUAAUCUGCCCCAAUGGUUAUCCCAAAUAGCGUAUGUGUGUCCAUUCCUGUUUCCAUUUGAGACUCGUCAUCUGUUAUUUUACAUAACCUCAUUUGAUCGGGAUCGAGCCUUACAACGAUUACUGGACUCGACUCCAGGAUUGAAUUCUAGUGACACGAGUGAGAGAGUGACCCCUCGAUUGGACAAACGUAAGAAGACAGUGACACGAGAAGAUAUACUUCGUCAAGCGGAAUCUGUUUUCCAUGAUAUCGGAAAUUCAAAAGCUUUACUUGAGAUUCAAUAUGAGAACGAAGUUGGAACGGGAUUAGGACCAACACUCGAGUUUUACGCUUUGGUGUCUAAAGAGAUGCAAAGAGCUGAUUUGGAUAUGUGGAGAGGAGAAGCAAUUAGUUCAUCGAGUGUUAUUAUGCCUUUAAUUUAUUCUAAUGAUAAAUUGUCAUCUACACGAACUGGACCAUCACAUCAACGACAUCAUAAUCAUAAUCACAACCACAGUCAAAAUCAGAACCAGAAUCAGAAUCAGAACCAGAAUCAAAACCAAAAUCAACAACAACAGAAUCUAUUUGAUUAUGAAUCAAACGAAAUGAUGAUUGAUAUUGACCCUCAAUAUUUGAAAAAGAGUGAGGUCACUAAAGAGAUUCGUUAUAAUAAUCAGAAUCAAAACUUUCAUCAAAUUCAGAACCAACAACCUCAACAGCAACAACAACAACAACAACAUCACCAUAAUCACCAUCAUACUCAUCAUCAACCACAAUCAGUUCAAUAUAUUUAUUCAUCUGAAGGUUUAUUUCCAUCUCCUGUUGGUAAAUCAACUAAAACAACCUCAUUGUCUAAAAUUAAGAGUCGAUAUCGAUUACUGGGGAAAUUCAUGGCCAAAGCUUUGAGUGAUUCUAGAAUGAUUGACUUACCAUUGAGUGUCCCAUUCUACAAGUGGAUCCUUGGUCAAGAAUCUACCUUAAGUGUGUCCGAUAUGCACUUUAUUGAUGCAACUCUAGCAAAAUCUGUGACAAAUAUGUUCUUGAUUGCACAAAAGAAACAACUCAUGAAACGAGGAAUAUCCGAAGAGAAUCAUGACUCAUUAACUCUUAGUGGUGUUUCCAUUGAGGAUCUUCAUCUUGACUUUACUCUUCCGGGUUUCCCUGGAAUUGAACUUCGUAAAGGAGGUAAAGACAUGAGUGUUACAUUGGAGAAUAUCGAUCAAUACUUACGAUUAAUGGUUCAUUGGACAAUGAUCGAAGGAGUCUCUCGACAAAUGGAAGCUUUUAAAGAAGGAUUCGAAUCUGUUUUACCCUUAACGCAAUUACAAAUAUUUUAUCCGGAAGAAUUGGAGCAACUUUUCUGUGGCUCUUGUCACCAAACAUGGGACAUGAAAACUCUGAUUGAUUGUUGUCAUCCUGAUCAUGGUUACACUUACGAUUCACGAGCAAUCAAAUAUUUGUUUCAAGUUUUAUCUUCAUUGAACAGUGAAGAGCAACGUAAAUUUUUACAAUUCGUUACCGGAUCACCUCGACUUCCAGUUGGUGGAUUGAAAAGUUUAUCUCCUCCAUUGACGGUGGUUAGGAAAACAUUUGAACCUGGAGAAAAUCCCGACGAUUUUCUGCCCAGUGUGAUGACUUGUGUUAAUUACUUGAAAUUACCUGAUUAUUCAAACAUCGAUAUAAUGAGAGAGAAAUUAAUCUUUGCUGCUAAUGAAGGACAACACUCUUUCCAUUUAUCAUAAUCAUCACUAGCAAAUAAGCUCAACAAUUAAGGGAUGCAAAUAACGACACCAGCAAUCCAAUCAAAUCAACUCUUUAAUUAAUAUAAUUAAAUCAACCUGUGAACACGGAAAAAAAUCAACAACAAAUCAAAUAUCUUGACAAUUUUUUCAUUUCCGCCCUACUCUUUAUCUCUCUCCGUUUUUCACAAUUCAUUUGGCUUAUUCAACAAUCAAAUCAACAAAAGGACAUUAAGAUUAUCCUAUUUUUACCUGAUAAUCUGCAUAACUUUAAUCAACUUCCAAGUCUUACCUUUUUUUGCCAUUAAUUAACUUUAAAGCCUAAUGAAUAUUUUGUGUAUAAUGUAAUAUCAAAUUGUGACUCUUUUUUUGCUUCUUUAAAUACAAUAAUUGAAUUAAUUGAAUAAAAUUUCAUUCAAAAUCAAAAUGCAGAAAAA